ACGACCCCCCACCCCCUGACACACGGUCCCACCACACGAAAGGGAUCCGACUUCCAAGUGGGGUCCGGCGAGGGAGGAAAAAAGAGUGAACCGCACCGCUCAUCGCUCGCCCCCUUUUAAACGCCGAGCGAAGAGGACGGAGACACAUUCAAGUCCAGUUCGUCGGUUGGUGGUGGUGGUGGCGUGCGUGCGUGGGCGACUCUGCCUCAAACCCUCAUCAGGUCCCUCGAUCGCCACGCUCGAGUUGAUUGUAGAACUGGAGAAGGGUAAGGUGAGUAUAAGCAUCAGAGGUCUAUAGCAUGAGUAAUACCAGCGGCGCACGGCGUGCCGCGAGGAGGCAAUCGCAAGAUGGAUCUGCUGAUAAAGUUGUUGUGGACUUGGAUGCAAGCUCGCCGGUGGCGGGGAACCAUCAUGGGCUCUCGGUCUUCCCUGGUGCACGCACAUCACCUAUUGAUGUGGAAGCUCUCGAUGAUGAAGUGCAGGCCCUAUCGCCUUCACAAGUGCCUCCCCCGGGGGUGAACAGGAGAACUAGAGGGCAACCUGUGGCACCAUUUUCUCUGGAUGAAGAUGCUGUCCUGGAAGAGAAUUGGAGAAUUAUAAGGCAAUGUGCGACACCAUUUUAUCUCGAUGACGAUGCUGCCAUGGAAGAUAAUCGGAGAACUAGAAGUCAAUUUUUGACACCACUUUAUCUGGAUGAAGAUGCUGCCCUGGAAGAUAAUGCAGCUAUGCCUUCUCAUAACAUGUGGAACAAACGCCAAAGGGUUGCGCCUUUGAUAUGUCUCUCCCCAGAAAGGGAAGAAGGGUCCAGCCUGCAGUCGAACAAUGCGAUGCAAGUUAGCCAAGAGCCUGCUAAGGUGGUGGUUCCAAAGGAACCGAAUUUCACUUGCCCGGUGUGCCUUAACAAGCUGGUGGAGCCUUCGACAACAAAAUGUGGCCAUAUCUUCUGCGCCGAGUGCAUCAAGCAAGCCAUCCAGUUUCAGAAAAAAUGCCCUACUUGCCGCAAGGCCCUGAGGAAGAACAACUUCCACCGUAUUUAUCUUCCGAACUCAGAUGGUUAAGGUCAGCAGCGGAUCAAUCGCCAAAGAGUAUCAUCACAUAGAUUAUGGUUGCUGAGGAACCUGUAGCAGGUGCUCAGAUGAACAAUUGAUUUAAGUUGACUGGUGUACGUACCAUUAGAUGGUUGGUCUAUGUAACUGAGUUUAAGCUUGAAGCUGAGAUAAAACAGUGGAUAGCAUCUUCAGUAUCUCUGUGUUCUUUUGA